UUUUCUCAGCUGCCAUGAGGAUCUUUUAAAAAUGAAAUGCCAGAUUCUUUCUUAAUAACAUGACUCCAGGAGCUGGGGCUUUCAAAAAACAAACACACCAAAUAUCUCAAGAGCUGGCAACUAGCAGCGCUGUUACCCAGGUGGGAGAUCGGACUCCGGCGCAGUCUCUGCCUAGCCGUGCAUGAGACGCCAGGGCUGCUAGAGAAGGACGAGCGGGGCGCUCCGGGGAGGAGCUGGGAGAUUUCCCGCAGCAGCGGUGCGGCCGCCCCGCCCGGGCAGAGGGUCCGGCACAACAAGGCGGCUGCCCGAGAUGCUCCUACAGCGCCGGGCUCAGUCCGCGCUCUGCUCUUGCUGAGAACUAGGCUGCCGCUGCCCGGGUCCUAACAGCAGCGUAAAGCCGUUAUUGAUGCCAAAGGGCUUUAAAAAUACACCCACGAGAAAGUCCCCACCUAACUCAAGCCUAUUAGAAGCACCAACGAUAUCAGCGGGCAUCAGUUGCUAGCAAGUGUCACAGGAGAGCUUGCUGCAUGAAUGAACCAGGAAGAAUAAGAGCUGCUUCAGAGAGAGGAUCCCAGCCGCGCUUUCUCCUCCUGCAGCUCUGAAGUGUGGGAGGGAGACACACAUACAGAAAGAGAGAGAGACAAAAAUCCCAGGUCUUGGGGAGAUGAGAAGCAGAAGCAACUCUGGAGUCCGCUUGGAUGGCUAUGCCCGACUGGUUCAACAGACCAUUUUAUGUCACCAGAAUCCAGUUACUGGACUGCUUUCGGCCAGCACGGAGGAAAAGGAUGCUUGGGUCCGGGACAAUGUCUACAGCAUUCUGGCUGUGUGGGGUCUGGGAAUGGCUUAUCGGAAGAAUGCAGACCGGGAUGAGGAUAAGGCAAAAGCCUAUGAACUUGAGCAGAAUGUUGUGAAACUGAUGCGGGGACUUUUGCAAUGUAUGAUGAGACAGAUGGAUAAAGUAGAGAAGUUCAAAUACACACAGAGUACCAAGGACUGCUUGCAUGCCAAAUAUAAUUCAGCCACUUGUGCCACAGUAGUAGGAGAUGACCAGUGGGGACAUCUACAAGUAGAUGCAACUUCCCUUUACCUGCUCUUCCUAGCACAGAUGACUGCCUCAGGAUUGCAUAUUGUAUUCACCCUUGAUGAAGUUGCCUUUAUACAGAAUCUUGUUUUUUACAUAGAAGCUGCCUAUAAAGUCGCUGACUAUGGAAUAUGGGAACGUGGUGAUAAAACCAAUCAGGGCAUCCCUGAACUGAAUGCAAGCUCUAUAGGCAUGGCCAAGGCUGCCCUGGAAGCAAUUGAUGAACUAGACCUUUUUGGAGCCCAUGGGGGGUCCAAGUCUGUGAUUCACGUCCUUCCUGAUGAAGUUGAACAUUGCCAGUCUAUUCUAUACUCCAUGUUGCCAAGGGCAUCCACGUCAAAGGAGAUUGAUGCUGGACUCUUGUCCAUUAUUUCUUACCCAGCUUUUGCAGUGGAAGAUGUGAACGUUGUUAAUGCAACCAAAAGUGAAAUCCUCACCAAACUGCAAGGGCGUUAUGGCUGCUCUCGCUUCCUUCGAGAUGGAUAUAAAACACCAAGAGAGGAUCCAAACAGGUUACACUAUGAUCCUGCUGAACUCAAACUGUUUGAGAAUAUAGAAUGUGAGUGGCCAGUGUUCUGGACGUACUUCCUAAUUGAUGGAGUGUUUAAUGGAGACAAAAUUCAGGUUCAAGAGUACAGAGAGGCCCUGGAGGGAAUAAUUAUUAGAGAAAAGAAUGGAAUUCUUCUGAUGCCAGAGUUGUAUACUGUCCCUCCAGACAAGGUGGAUGAGGAGUAUGAAAAUCCUCACUCAGUGGAUCGUCUCCCAGGUGGAAAGUUGCCUCAUCUGUGGGGCCAGUCUUUAUACAUCCUCAGUUCCCUAUUAGCAGAGGGGUUUCUAGUUACUGGCGAAAUUGAUCCCUUACAUAGGAGAUUUUCAACUGCUUUUAAACCUGAUGUUGUGGUGCAAGUAACUGUCUUGGCAGAAUCAAAUGAAAUUAAGGAAAUCUUGAAACACCAUGGAAUCAUUGUUCAGAGCAUUACAGACAUCUAUCCAAUCCGAGUGCAGCCAGCACGGAUCCUGAGUCACCUUUAUGCCAAGCUUGGCCGAAACAAGAACAUGAACCUGAGUGGCCGGCCUUACCGACAUAUUGGUGUGCUUGGAACAUCCAAACUGUAUGUGAUACGGAAUCAAAUAUUUACUUUUACCCCUCAGUUUACUGAUCAUCACCACUUCUACCUGGCUCUAGACAAUCGGAUGAUUGUGGAGAUGCUCAGAACAGAGCUGGCUUACCUCACCUCUUGCUGGAGGAUGACUGGAAGACCAACCCUCGCUUUUCCCAUCACCCACACCAUGCUCAUCGAUGAUGGCUCUGACCUUGAUCCAGCAGUGCUUGCAACCAUAAGAAAAUUAGACGAUGGGUAUUUUGGAGGGGCAAGGGUAAAGCUAGGCAAACUGUCAGAUUUUCUUUCCACCUCGUUCUAUACGCAUCUGAGCUUCCUGGAUCCAGACUGUGACGGAAAACUGUUCGAUGAUUCUAAUGAUGGCUGUGAUAGUCCUGAAAGUGGAUAUGAAUUAGAAAUGUAUCCAGAUGAUUUAUUUGACAAAGAAAGCCAAGAUGAGCUGGACCAGUAUAUAAACGAUAUGCUGCAAAGCACAGUGCAUAAGUCCUACCUGCCUCCAACUUCAAAGGAAGCUAAUCAGCCUCAUAUGUUCAGUGCUGUUCACUCCAUGCGAGAGAUACUGUCAAUAAUGGCCAAGGCAAAGGGUUUGGAUGUUCCAUGCGCUUCGAUGACUCUUCCAACUAAAGUUUUGAACACUCACCGGAAAUCUCUGAAUCUCGUUGAUUCCCCACAUCCUCUUGAAGUGAAGGAUCCUGAAGCUGUUUUGCACUUACCCAAAGAUGAUCAUGGUGAUUUGGAUUGUGAGAAGUUAGUUGAACAGCUGAAGGAGUGCCCAACUCUACAUGAUCAAGCAGAUAUAUUAUACGUCUUGUAUAUAAUAAAAGGCCCAGACUGGGAUACAGAGCUGAAUGGCCAGUAUGGAGUCACCAUUCAUUGUCUGCUCAAUGAGCUCUACAGCAAGGCAGGCCAGAACCAAGAGUGGGGGUUAAUUCGUUACAUCUCUGGCAUACUCAAAAAGAGAGUGGAAGUUCUGGCUGAGGCAUGCACAGACCUUCUGUCACACCACAAGCAACUUACAGUGGGCCUGCCACCUGAGCCGCGUGAAAAAACUAUUACCGCCCCCCUGCCACCUGAAGAGUUGUCAAAGCUUAUUUAUGAAGCCAGUGGACAAGACAUCAGUAUUGCAGUCCUUACCCAGGAGAUAGUGGUGUAUUUGGCUAUGUACGUCCGGUCACAGCCCAGCCUUUUUGCAGAGAUGCUCAGACUCCGCAUUGGACUAAUAAUUCAGGUGAUGGCUACUGAGCUGCUUCGCAGUUUGAACUGUUCAGGUGAAGAAGCCUCAGAAAGUUUAAUGAAUCUAAGCCCCUUUGAUAUGAAAAAUCUCCUGCACCAUAUUUUGAGUGGGAAAGAGUUUGGCGUUGAAAGAAGCAUGCGGCCUCUAGAUUCCUCUACCUCCAGCCCUGCAAUUUCUAUUCAUGAAGUGGGGCACACUGGAGCAACUAAAACAGAAAGAAGUGGCAUUACUAGACUGAAGAGUGAAAUGAAACAGAUGAAUAGGAGGUCAUCUGCUGAUGAAAAGUUCUUUUAUGGGGGCCAUUCCAUGUCCAGCAGCAUGCAUGCUUCCAGGUUCACGAGGGGCAGUAUUCCAUCAUCUCCCACUAGGACUUCAUCUCCUACAGGGUCUACUGGAAAUGACAUCAGCUGGGGUGAUCGCCAAGGGCAAUGGCUCCGCAGAAGAAGGCUUGAUGGUGCCAUUAACAGAGUUCCUGUAGGGUUCUAUCAAAAAGUAUGGAAAAUCCUUCAGAAGUGCCAUGGCCUGUCCAUUGAUGGCUAUGUCCUUCCUUCUUCAACUACAAGAGAGAUGACCCCUUGUGAAAUCAAGUUUGCUGUGCAUGUGGAGUCAGUGCUGAACCAUGUACCCCAGCCUGAAUACAGACAGCUGCUGGUGGAAGCUAUUCUUGUUCUCACACUGCUGUCGGACAUAGAGGUGACCAGCAUUGGGGGCAUAAUCCAUGUGGAUCGAAUAGUGCAUGUGGCUAACGAUCUAUUUCUUCAGGAACAGAAAUCACUUGGAGGAAAUGAUGACUUUUUGGAGCGAGACCUCGCCACAGGAAUUUGCCACUUUUUCUAUGACAGUGCUCCAAGUGGGGCAUAUGGAACUAUGACAUACUUAACGAAAGCUGUAGCCACCUACUUACAGGAUUUCCUGCCUAGCACAGGCUGCCUGAUGCAAUAGGCUAUGCCUCUUGAUAAAAAACAAAAGUAAAGAUUCAGAAGCUCUUUUUCCCCCUCUCCUCUCUCUUCCCUAUCCAUAUCUCUUUCAGUUGGUGAACAUAUAUCUUUCACUCCACAGAAUUUAAACACCACUCAUCAUGUGUGAGCACCAGUCUGUAGGGGAGGGCUGAACAAUGAAGAUGGAAUUUGGCCUAAUUCCAGAACUAUGAGAAACAAUUACAAUGAGUGAGGCCUAUUCUGCCCUAAAUGCAAUGUGCAAUUUAAAGUAAAUUAUGUAAGAAUUAUGCACUUAUGCCAAGAGGAAAAUAAUUAGUGUAGAGAUGAAAAAAUAUAAAUAGGGAGAUGCACCUCUGGCAUAAAUUCCCAACUACAGAGAGUGUAUUUUUUUUUUUUUUUUUUGUAUAUUGGAAUUAAUGAACUCUCUUAAGCAUGGCUUCUGUAAGUUGAUGUUGUGAAUAGUUAAAGCACAGUUUAGUGUUAUCCUUCUCUGAUUUAUUCCGUUUCCAGGUGAUACCCAGGCAUUAUUUUUAAUACACAUUGAGCCGGAUUCUGAUCUCAAUUACACCAGGGUGAUACAGGAGUAACACCAAUGAAGUCAAGCAUGAGAUCAGAAUUAUGGCUUUCAUAAGUUGGUAGCCUCUCUCUGACGACAUAGCAUCUGCCUUGGGGAAACCUACAUCGUUUGGACCAAUGCAGCUUUGAAGAAGCUGAUCUCUGACUUCCCCUUUUAAUGACAGUUUUAUGCUUAUAAUCGUUCUGGCUAGAUGAAUAAACAGCUGCCUGUAGAUCCAAAAGAUACCUUUCCUUCACUCAAGCACUCUUUCUAAAUCUUAAUAUCUUGUCUACUGUAAAUGGCCUAGAAGAUGAGAUACAUAAGCAUCAUCCUUCCAGAAUACCAUGUGUACUUACUAGCGGAAGAGUUGAUGUUGUUUCAUGUCCUUUGAUUAGACAGAUGCUCCUUCAUCAAAUGUAAUAGAACCAUUAGUGUUGUUCUCCCUAGUAGAAAAAUCUCUCUCUUUAAACAGCACCAUUCUAAUAUUUAGUACCCUUUAAUGUGUAGGCUCUUGUUUUGUAUUUGUUUAUAUUAAAUAUACAGAGCCACAGUGCUCCCUCCUGUGGCUUAACCCAGGUGAGCUCAAGGUGGAGGAAGACAAUGAUUUCCCCUUGUUGACUUCCACUGAGUGGUGUGGCUUGCUCCUGUGGAAUGGGCUGAACAAGUAUCCACUGGUUCUUAGCUAGAGCCAUGUUAAAGAGAGGUGAAAUAGUACUGUCAUUUGUUGGUGUAAUUACUGGCCAGUGCACAAGAAACGGUUGGAGUAGAUUCCAAGUGGCAGAUUAGUAAAAGGGUAAGUAGAAACUGUACCAUCCAAUCUCUCAUUUUUACUUAUUAUAAGUGACCUUGAGUGGGAUCUUUCCUUAAGCACCAACACCCUGAUGAAGAAAUGGCCCUAGUGCCGUUAGAACUUUUGAACAGCACUUAUCUGAGUCUUUCUACAGGGAAAUAGUUUUUCCAUCUCAUACAUUUUAAAAUGUUUUCCUAAUUCCAAAAUGUGUUGACAGAAGGAAAAACAGUAUCAUCUGCCCAACCCACAUGAUCUCAAUCAAGCUAGGUGGCAGGAGUCAGAUUCACCCCCCAAACCUGGGUAUAUUGUGAGAUACUACAGUGCACUGCUGCCACAGCAAUGCACAUCCAGACGGUAUUUUGUGCAGGCUGGAGAGAUGAGUGCCCUAGGUCAGAGUUGUCCCUUACAAUGUUUUAGGCUUAGGAAUUUCCCAAAGAGCAAGAGGAUGCACAGCCUUUCUGGAUAGACUGUACCUGGGGGAAGAGGCAGGUGCAUGUGUGCAUAUUACCAAGGCAAAGACUUGUUAAUGGUGUAAGGAGCAGGGAUGUGUAGCUCAAAUGCAUUUGGAAGUCAGUAUCUUAUAUAUGCCCAUUUGCACUUUUGUUUAGUCUUAGCUCUUAGUUUGUAUACAUGUGAUGAGAGAAUGAUUUAGCUCAUUUUCUAAUUAAAUAAAAAAUGUCUCCAGUUUAAACGGGGCAAGCCUUGCAUUGAAAAGUAAUUUAUACUGUGUAUGCAUGUUCAUAUGUGAGGGACUUAUAUAAGCUCUUAUUUUAUUAGAUUCCGUAUAAAGCUGUGGUAACAUCCCUUUUCAUGUGGAGCUCUUUGAUUGAUUGAGAUGCAAGAAGGUUCUCUCUCAAAUCUGUUUUAAUGUGCUUUUUUUAUUCAGUCUGAGACAUUAACAGUUUAAAAUUUGUAGAACAAGAGAAGACUGCUGAAAUCUGACAUUUGUAUGCUGCUAAAUAGAGGUUUAAAAUAGAUUAGGGCCCACAGCAAAAUACUACCCAUUUAUAAAUUCAAAUUCGUGUGUGUAUGUAACUUUUUUUUUAAAAAGUUACCAUUUAUAAUAUGAACUAGCUUGGUAUACAUGGUUUAGAAAUACUGGUUUUUAAUCUGUCUAAAAGUGAUACUAACACAAUCAGUGAAGCACAGUCAUAGGAAAAAUACUUUUAUGUAAUUUGGAAGUCUGGGACAGUUCAGUACAAAAAGGUGAGAGACAGUACAGCGAAUUUUGAAUUGCAGUGUGACUGGACCAAUCACCCAUUUAUACUUCUAGGUUGACUCACUCAUCCGUUGCCUUUUCCCCUGAACUUCUGUUUAAAGGAAUAUAUUAAAAUCUGUACCAUUCAUUGCUGGAAUCAUUGUUCCUGAAACAGGGCAAACUUAAUUGGGUCAUGAAGGUGUCUUGUAGCAACCUCUCUGGAGAGGAUUCAGAUGUGAUAGGGAGUUUAUGAAUCAACCAUUAUUGAGUCUAGAGCAGGGGUCGGCAAUGUUCGGCACGCGGCGUGCCAGGGUAAUUUACCUGCUGACACGGCAGGUUCGGCUGAUCGCCUUCCGCUGCCCACGGUUCGCUGUCCCGGGCCAAUGGGGGCAGUGGGAAGCCGCAGCCAGCACAUCCCUUGGCCUGCGCCACUUCCUGCCGCCCCCAUUGGCCCGGGACGGCGAACGGGAGCCGCGAUUGGCUGAACCUGCCGCGUCAGCAGGUAAAUAAACUGGCCCGGCCCGCCAGGGUGCUUACCCUGGCAAGCCGCAUGCCAAACGUUGCCGACCUGUGGUCUAGUGUGUGUUUCCAGCUAGACAAACUCUUUUUCAGUUUAUUUAGGGUAAACUCAUUACCAAAGACUUAAUUUGGUUGUCAGGCAUCCCUGAGGAGUGAAAAAUGAAUGAAAUGUCCAACUUCUAACUCUGGGAACUAAUUUAUGGAAAAUAAAUAAGACAAGGGUAAACAGACACCUCAUGUGUCUUGGAAAUGAGGGCAUUAAUGGAAUGAAAAUAGAAUCAACUGAGACCCACUGUUUUAGUUUGGCAGGCAGUGCUGUUGCAAGAGCAGACUGCAGCUGUCACGAAGGAAACACCUACACUGCUUCCUUGAAAUAUCAGACAUGUCUGAAAACAGAAAAUUGGGCUGAGAUGGUGCAGGAACCAGAAUAAUAAAAUGGUACUAGCAUACAGUGGGUACUGUAUAGUGGUACUAGGUCCAACUUUUGCAUGAAGUAGUAUUACGGUUCAGUCUCCAUUCAUUGAAUCAAUACUCUUUUUCUCCCCUCUCCCAAUUGUAUCAAAUACUUAACUGUUUAGCAUUGUUAGAAUUUUGUUAAGCUUUUACAGUUUAAUCAUUGGUUCUGACCUUUGCCUAUACUUAGCACUCUUCACUUUCACUGUGUCUAAUCAGUCCUCAGACAACCUUACAAAAUAGUGAGGAAAACUUACUAGGCCAGGCACAAAAAUCUAUUCAUAUUAGUUAUGAGUUACUUGUUCAUCCAAAAAAAAAAAAAAUUUGUUACAGGGAAGAAUUUUGGAAAAGUUGUUCACAACAUCCUUGAAGGUAAAUAUUAUUCAUACUUUACAAAUGGGGAAACUGAACUAGAGCAAUUAAUUAACUUGUCCAAAGCAACAGCAUAUGUCAAUGCCAAGAUAGCCUAUCUUUUACCUAAGGAUAAGUGAUGUGCAUCAUCAUGAAGUUUACCUUGGCUAUUAGUUACAAAGGAAUCCAUGACAGAAGUCACUAGGGCCAUUCACUUCUUUACAGCAUAAAGGGAGAAAAAAAUCAAGGACUGAAUAUAAACUAUCGUUUCAUUAAUGCCCCAUUUUCCCCAGCAGGGCCAAGCCUAAUUUAGGGCCUCAUCCACUGCCAGUUGAAGUCAGUGGAAAGACUUCUAUUGACUUCACUGGGCUGCUAGCUGAGCACUCUUGAAAAAUCUGGCUAUUAACGUACAUAGAGAGUUCAAUAGAAGAUUCCCAAGAGGCAGUCUGUAUACCUGUUAUGGAAACAUUUUUGCAGUUUAAGUACAGCAGAAAUCUCCAUUGGAUAUUGCCAGCCACAUAUCUAUGGAUCACUGAGUGUUAAGCCAAUGGUGCUGGGCUUGCCACCAGUGUCAUACAAAAUCGGGGCUAGAGGUAGUGUACACAUCUGCUACUAACAACUUGUUUUACAUACUGAGAGAAAUUGAUGUACUUUUAACAAGUGUAGUAACAAGUGCUCUGACAGGUUACAGUAAUGGAUCUCUUAAUAUGCAUCUAGCCCAGUAUCCUUUCUUCCCCAUUGGCCAAUGCCAGGUGCCCCAGUGGGAAUGAACAGAACAGGUAAUCAUCAAGUGAUCCAUCCCCUCUUGCUCAUAAUGCACAAUAUAGACGGGAUAUGUGUUUUCUGAAGAUGUUAUUCAGAAUGCCCCAGCAGGUCCUCCCAGCAACACCUGCUCAGAGUUGUGUCAUGGGCUUACUUUUAAAAAGUGUCUGCUCUCAAGAGAGGACUCCUCCAGGAGAGAUUUUAAAAAAUGUAUUUUAAAAGUAGAUCUUAAAUACUUCUUUCCCAUAGGUGCAUUUCUCUCUCUCCUAGCACUGGAGGAAGGUGUGGACAGCAUGUGACCAAUAUCAUUAAUACAACAUACACUGUAGGAGUGUAGGUCAGUAUUUAGGGCAAAAAAAUGCAUGCUAUCUAGCCAUUGUGGCUCAUAGCCUUGUGUGUGUAUAUAUUAUGUCCGUGCUAUGAUCAUCAGUACUUUUUUUAAAAUUAGAAUGCAGUGCCUCUCUUUGCACCAACUGUAUUCAUAUGAACUGGACUAUUUUAAGUGUAAAGUUGGACAGUAAUGCACCAUAAUUUACCAGCUGUAAACAGACUUUAGAAAUGGUGGCUCAGCAGAGGAUGUUACUGCAUUUUGGGAUUAAUUUAAAAAGCUUUAAAUGUAGUUAUUUUCUUCUGCUCACCAAUAAACUCUGCUUUGAGUAUCUGAGUUAUUCAGUAAAAUUAA